UUCACUUCAUUACUGGCUGCCAGAGGAGACAUGGCAGAGGAAAAGACUCAGACGGGAGGCUCCUGGGAGGACCUGUCUCAAGCCGACGACGCUCCUGAACUACAUGUGGAGGACAGAGCCGAGCUGAACGGGGAAGCAGGGCAGGAUAAAUCUACUGCUGCAGAGGAAAACACCAGAGACCAGCAAGAUAAGAGCAGCCCAAACCUGCUGCAGAUGCUGAAGGCAGCAGAGAGCAGGUGGACGCCUCAGGGUCAGGAUGGAGACAAACCAGAGGACCCUAGAGCUGCGACAGACCAGUUGGUUACUGAGGCUCUGAAGACUGACAUGCAAAUACAGCUCACCGACCAGAAGCAAGAAUUCAACAAACGCCCCACCAAGACCGGCCGUCGCUCCCUGUCUCGGUCCAUCUCUCAGUCGUCCACAGAUAGCUACAGUUCAGUUUGCAGCGACAGCUCUGAGGAUGAGAUGUCUCCCAGACAAAAGGAUCAGAAAACCUCCAAAGGCCUGACGGACUUCUGCGUCAAAAACAUCAAACAGGCUGAAUUCGGACGCAAAGAAAUAGAAAUUGCCGAGCAAGAAAUGCCAGCACUGAUGAUCCUGAAGAAAAGAGCCGGUGGAGAGAAACCUCUGGCUGGAGCCAAAGUGGUCGGAUGUACGCAUAUCACUGCUCAGACAGCGGUGCUGAUUGAGACUCUGGUUGCGUUGGGUGCUCAGUGCCGCUGGUCGGCCUGCAACAUCUUCUCCACUCAGAACACUGUGGCCGCUGCUCUGGCUGAAGCAGGCACCGCAGUGUUUGCGUGGAGAGGAGAAUCGGAGGACGACUUCUGGUGGUGUAUCGACAAAAGUGUUGAAGCUCAAUCCUGGCAGCCCAACAUGAUUUUGGAUGAUGGCGGCGACUUGACCCACUGGAUCUAUAAAAAGUAUCCGAGCAUAUUCAAGAGGAUCAGAGGCAUCGUGGAGGAGAGCGUUACAGGCGUCUAUCGGCUGUACCAGCUGUCGAAGGCUAGCAGACUGUGUGUUCCUGCUAUGAACGUUAAUGAUUCUGUGACGAAGCAGAAAUUUGACAACCUUUACUGCUGCAAGGAGUCCAUACUGGACGGGUUGAAGCGGACCACUGCCUUCAUGUUUGGAGGAAAACAAGUGGUGGUAUGUGGAUACGGCGAGGUUGGCAAAGGUUGCUGCGCUGCCCUGAAAGCACUGGGUGCUGUUGUAUAUGUGACAGAAGUGGAUCCCAUUUGUGCCCUUCAGGCCUGCAUGGAUGGCUUCAGAGUGGCUAAACUGAGUGAGAUGAUCAGACACGUAGACAUGGUCGUCACCUGCACCGGUAAUAAAAAUGUGGUGGGGAGAGAGCAUCUGGACAAAAUGAAGAACGGCUGCAUCGUCUGCAACAUGGGACACUCCAACACGGAGAUAGAUUUGGCGAGUUUGCGGACCACGGAGCUGAAGUGGGAGCAUGUGAGGUCUCAGGUGGACCACGUCAUCUGGCCUGAUGGCAAGAGAAUCGUCCUGCUGGCUGAGGGCCGCCUGCUGAAUCUGAGCUGCUCCACCGUGCCCUCAUUUGUCCUGUCUAUCACGGCUACUACUCAGGCCUUGGCUCUCAUUGAGCUGUUCAACGCUCCAGAGGGACGAUACAAACAGGACGUCUACCUGUUGCCAAAGAAGAUGGAUGAAUAUGUGGCCAGUCUUCACCUGGCGACGUUUGACGCUCACCUCACAGAGCUGACUGAUGAUCAGGCCAAGUAUCUGGGCAUUAGCAAACACGGACCCUUCAAACCCAACUACUACAGGUAUUAAGCUCUUCAGAAAACCCACUAGCAGUCCAGCAGAUGGAGCUCUGGUGCCCUCUACAGCCUGAAGCUCACCGAAUACUGUGGAGUGACUGCAGGCUUAUAUUUUUGUAUGAUUUGCCUGUUUAUGUGCAGUUUUGUCUAUUUUAUGUGUUCCAGAUUAUAAAUGUUCACAGUAUCCAGAAAGUAAUCACAGUGAUUUCAGGAAUGAAUCUGAUAGAGGAGUUUCUACAUUAAAAAUAGCUUCAUGUCCUGUAAUUCUGAUUUAUCUCUCACAUUUAGAGGUCCCAUAUUGUCCCCCUUUUCACCAAAUAAUCAAAGUCUCACACAUCCCCACAGUCUCUUUCAGUUAUGUAACCCUCCUGUUGUUUUCAUUUACGGGCACCAAAAAAAUCCAGAUCCAGAAAUUCAGCAAAAAAAUCCCCAAAUUUCAGAACAUUUGGAAAACCUUCAGGUAGAAAAUUCCAAUAAUUCCUUAUAAAAUUCCCUUAUAAUUUUUAUUUUAAAAAAAAAAACAUCCCAAAUUUGGCAAGAAAAUUCUUAUAAAUGUUUUCAAAAAAUUAGUCAAAAUCUUCCAAAAAAUCCUAAAAAUGUCUAAAGUGAUUACAUAUAUAACAGUAAAACUUAUAAUAUUUUCAUGAAGAACAUUCGGAAAAAAAAUAAACUAAAAUCCAGUGAAAUUCACUGGAUUUUGGUUGAUAUUUUUUUUGUGAAUGCUGUUAGGAAACAUUUCUUUUUUCCCACCAAAAAAUGUUCAAAACUUUCCCCAAAAUAUUGAAAAUGUGGACAUCAGAAAUUUCACAGUGAAUUUUAUUUUUUUUGUCCACAUUUUUAAACUUUAAAACGAGUCAGUUUGACCCACAGAACAACAUGAGGGUUAACUUUAGCUGGAUGAAUAUUGCUUAGUUAAGUGUUAACUAACUAGUUGGUUUGAUGAGACCUUUAACAAUUUGACUAGAUUCAUAUUAUUCCUAAUUGUGACUGCUCGUUUGUUAGAAAUUUGCUCAAUAAACUCAAUGAAUCGUAGAUACAGAGCUGAUAAUCUGUUGAGAUGAUGUUGUUGCUUUUUGAUGUCUUUCACAUUGUUGAGCUGACAUAAUAACAGUAGUAAUGCCAGUAUAUUCUCUCAUUUAUUUAAUGCUCUAAAAACUUUUCAUAAGAAAGAAAAGUUAGCUUUUUCUUUGAUAAAUGUAUGUUUUUUUCCCCAAUCAUUGGCCAUUCACAGUUCAAAACAUGAAACAAUGUGAACAGCUUUUCAUUUUGACUGAAUCAGUUGAUGUGAUACAUAAAAACAAAACCACGUUCAUAUUCAUUUCAUCAUAGUUUUCUAAUAAACCUUGAAUUGCUCUGAACAGACAGCGAUUUAAGGCAAAGCUGAGUAAGAUCUGCAGGUUAGGAGCAUAGACUAUAUAUAUAGUGGACGUAGCAUCUGGCUCCAAAAUUGAAGCCCACCCGGAAGUGUCAAAAACUUGCAAUAUCACGCCGUCCGCUAGGGUUGGCUCCAAAAAGCUUUUGCUCCAUAGACCCCAAUUCAUUUUUGGAAAAAAAUAAAAUUUGAUAGACUGAUUUUCUACAGCUCAGGAUUUUUUUCCCGUUAGUUUUCAUGGUCAAAAUGAGA